AUGAUCACUGGAAUCUCUCAUAUCAAUCUCCUUGUUCCUCCAGGGACACUAAAUGACGCAUACACAUUCUAUGUGGAUACAUUGGGGCUGACUGCUACUCCAGUCCCCCAGUUACAGAAAGACACAACUGCCUGGUUCAAUAUUACACCAGACGGAAAGCAGCAAAUUCACAUUGCAUUCGGACAGAAUGAACCGGAUUCUCCCCGCCAUCCCUGCCUUCGUGUAGGCUCAUUGGACGACCUGCAAAAGCUGCAGCAACGAAUAUAUGAUCACCAUCUUCGAGGGGGCUCGGCUGCUCCUCUACAGGCGGAUCAGCCGGGUGAAUGUUCAGGGGAAAAGGGGGUCGAAUACCCGACACGCUUCUUCGCCAGAGAUUACGCAGGGAACCGCAUUGAGUUUAGUUUAUAA